UGAACACAGACACUGAUGACGACGACAACUCGUACUAUGACGAAGGUUACAACUACGAGGACCUCACGUUCCUGGAGGCGUGUGUCGACAACGACAUGGAGGCGAUCCACGCGAUCAUCGAGGACAACCCGACCGAGGAGGAGAUCAACGAGCGAGAUAGGUCUGGUCGGACAGGGCUGAGUUACGUGACCGCGGCUGGUCUCGUUCCCGUCAUAGAGAUGUUGUCGGAAGUACCCGAACUCGACCCGAACAUUCCCGACAAGGAAGGGAACACGCCGCUCAUAUUUGCAGCCCAGGCUGGUCAUUCUGACGUUGUUCGAAUCUUACUCCAGGACUACAAGGGAAUCAAAAUCGAUCAUGCAAACAAACUCGGCUUCACAGCGCUGAUGAAAGCGGCGAUCCAAGGACGAACAGACUGCGCGCGGCUUCUUCUUUACGCUGGGGGUGACCCUAAACUUCGAGACCAUGGGAGAAAGCUUUGCGCCGAGGAAUGGGCCCGCUAUGUGGGAAGGACAGAAUGCUCCGAAGCGAUAUCGAAAUUCUCCAACACUAAACGUUUUUACUUGAAAUCGAAACUUGCUCAAACGGAACGCUCCAGUAGCGUCCCCGACCUCGCUACGGACGUUGUCAGCAACGAUGUGCAAAGCAAGGUAAAAAAAAGAUGUUCUCUGCGACGGAAAAUAAAAAGUGUACUUCCCGGUUCGCAUCACGAAUCGCUCAGCUUAAAUGUCUCCAAUUCCGGAAGUCCUUUCGCGGUUAUCGCCCGUUGCGUUUCGACUCCCGCGCUUCCGGAAAUGAUGUCACCGACGUCUGCGACGGCCUUAAAGCGACCCGUUAGCACGGACUGCAUUCCGCGUGUCGAAGUCACCAUCCCGUACGACGACGAUGCUUUUCCGCGAUCGGAACCGGGAAUGAUUGCCAGAAAGAAAGCGGCGAGGAAAAGUAUUCUUCAAGAUUUCCAUUCCACGUGAAAGUUAAAACCCAGGAGGGUGGAAGGACGGUGGUAGUGAAUACAUGGUGUGUUAGUCUCGAUCGUUCUGAUCUCUUGGUGAAACAAAGAGUCUUGGAACAUUCUGUAUAUAAAAGAAGAUGUCAGUUGUCUCGAUCAGCACGAUUCGAAAAUUUCAAAACAUAGAUAAAAGGAAUCGUGUACGAGACUGUGCUUCGCUAUCUGAGGAAUUAAUGAUGGUUUUAAGACUUUGAUUCGCUGUAUAAUGGAUAUCACAUAUGCUACAUAACGAAUAAAUGAUGUUUUAGUACUUCGACGAGUUUUACGACUGUACUUCGCUGUAAAAGGAAUAACUUACUGUUUUAAGAUUGCUUCGGUAUACAAGGAAUAAAAUACGAAUUUAAGUUAGCGCUUAAAGCUUUACUACAGAAAGAAUAAAAAACGGUUAACACCUUCGAGGCUAAAUUGGGUUCUAAGAGUUUACUACACUACAAGUAUUUAUACAGAACAAAUUAUGGUUUUACGACUGUGCUACGCCAUAUAAGGAAUAAAUGUCUGUUUUACAACUGUUCUUCUUAAACAUUACAUAAGGUGUUUUUAAGACGGUAUUUCGCUAUAUGUAAGGAAUAAAUUAUGGUUUUAAGUGAUGGUCUUUACAGUGCGCUACACUUUAUAAAGGAAUAAAUGGCGAUUUUAAGUGUGCUACGCUUUAUAAAGGAAUAAAUUAUGGUUUUACCAUAAACAGUCUAUCGGCGCAACUCCUUUUCUACCUGGUUUCCGGUGUUGCACUACUUUAUAUAAGAUGUUCCACUACUUGUUUCGAUAAGGAUCGGAGUGCGAUCGAGACUAAAGGCAUGUGAAUAGAUGGACGCAUUCUCACCUCAUGUUACGCCACGAUGUUAAACGACAGUGUUCCAGUCAAUAGUAUUAUUAUGUGUAGGUUUAACGGAUGAGGACUGGUCGAAUGUUUAG